UCAUUCGUUACUUUUUGCACCAAAAAAUAAUUUAAAAAAAAUGGUGGAUAGAUAAUGCGGAUCCGAUUGAAGCCACACGAUUCAGGAACCUUGUUCUCGAGCCGCGAUGGCGGUGGCGGUGGCCGGCGGUUGGUAGUGGCGGAGGAGUAACACACGUUUUGUGUUGUGACUUGUGAAGAAGAUUCGUAAGCUGUGAGAACAUGUCGUUGAGAAGCAUAGUCCGUGAACUCAAGGAGAUGAGAGAUGGAAUUGGCAGCACAUCAAAGCGGGGUGCAGAAAGCAAGCGUCGGCUCAGUAGGACAAAGUCCUAUGUAGCUCCAGAUGUUCUUGUAACACCAUCUGAACUUAUUCAACAGGGACAAUGGGCAAAUCUACCAUCAGAAUUACUUUUAGACAUAAUACGGAGGGUUGAAGAGAGUGAGACUUCUUGGCCUGCCCGUGCUGUUGUUGUCUUUUGUGCUUCGGUAUGUAAAUCAUGGAGGUCUAUUACAAAAGAGAUUGUCAAGACUCCUGAACAAUGUGGAAGGAUCACAUUUCCUAUUUCAUUGAAGCAGCCUGGUCCCCGUGAUUCUCCAAUACAGUGCUUUAUCAGGAGGAACAAAGAAACUUCUACAUAUCUAUUGUACUUUGGUCUGGUUCCAUCAGAGAAUGAUAGUAAUAAGUUGUUAUUAGCUGCCAAGAGGAUAAGAAGGGCAACAGGCACCGACUUUGUCAUAUCCUUGGCUGCAGAUGAUUUUUCUCGAGCCAGCAGCAAAUAUGUUGGUAAACUGAGGUCUAACUUUUUGGGUACCAAGUUCACCAUACAUGACAGUCAACCUCCACACGAUGCUGCAUUUCAACAAAAUUGUCAAUCUAGUAGGAGAUUUCAUUCUAAACAGGUGUCACCAAGAGUUCCAGCUUGUAGCUAUAUUGUUAGCACUGUUUCCUAUGAGCUGAACGUCCUCUGCACUAGAGGGCCAAGAAAAAUGCAAUGUGUCAUGAACUCCAUACCUGUCUCAGCUAUUCAGGAAGGGGGCAAUGCCCCAACUCCAACAUCUUUCCCUCAACUUUUUGAUGAACCUUUCUUUCCAUCACCAGCUAUCAAAAAGAAAGUUCCAAUUACAGAUUUAAGCUCUGCAAGCUAUUCAGAGCAACCAGUAUUGAAUCAAGGCUCAAUUGAGCCGUUAGCACUAAAAAACAAGGCUCCCAGGUGGCAUGAACAGCUACAGUGCUGGUGCCUAAACUUCAAAGGUCGUGUUUCAGUGGCUUCUGUUAAGAACUUUCAACUUGUAGCUGCUGUUGAUCCAUCUCAUAAUAUUUCUGCUGAGGAGCAAGAAAGGGUAAUCUUGCAGUUUGGAAAGAUUGGAAAAGACAUAUUCACCAUGGAUUACUGUUAUCCACUAUCUACCUUCCAAGCAUUUGCCAUUUGCUUGAGCAGCUUUGACACUAAACCAGCCUGUGAAUGAGAAGUGUAACGACGUUGUGAUUAUUGAUUGUCAAUCAUGGUGGUAUGCUGCUGAAAAUAUUAGCUGUGCAGCCGUUUGUAUUCUCCCCUUGAAUUUGUUGUUGAUUCUGGAAUUUGUUCUAUAUGUUGUUUCGUGGUCCUGUAAAAUUAAAUUAAAUGAACUUUAGUGAAUUCUAUAUAUGUUUAUGGUAUUCCUCACUCACGAAUGUUUUGAUUUGCUUAAAUACUGAAAUUUCAGUUGUGGA